ACCAUUUAUACUACCAAACAUACAUAGAUCAAGAAAAGAGUAGUACCCUUUCUAGCUAGCUACUAAUAUUGCUAGUUCAAUAUGUCUAGUCCAUUUUUUGCUAGUACUAGUAUUUUCCUAGUAGUGUUUAUUGGAACAUUUGUAAUUUGUACUGAGGGUGCUCCUCGAGCUUUCUUUGUAUUUGGUGACUCCCUUGUUGACAAUGGCAACAACAAUUAUUUACUAACUUCAGCAAGGGCUGAUUCUCCACCUUAUGGGAUUGAUUAUCCUACUCAUCGUCCUACUGGCCGUUUUUCCAAUGGCUUCAACAUACCUGAUCUUAUAAGCCAAAAGCUUGGUGCUGAGCCAACAUUGCCUUACUUGGACCCUGAGCUUACUGGAGAUAAGUUGCUCGUUGGAGCAAAUUUUGCUUCUGCUGGAAUUGGAAUUCUUAACGAUACUGGAAUUCAGUUUGCAAACAUAAUAAGAAUAUCACAGCAAAUACAGAACUUCCAGCAGUACCAGGAACGAGUGAGUGCUCUUAUAGGAGAAGAACAAACAGAGCGGCUAGUUAACGGAGCACUUGUUCUCAUUACUUUGGGAGGCAAUGACUAUGUCAACAACUAUUUUCUCACACCAGUUACUCUAAGACGACUUCAGUACAAUCUUCAAGAUUUCUCUGUUUAUAUCAUCUCCGAGUACCGCAAGAUCUUGAUGAAGCUGUAUGAUUUGGGAGCUAGAAGAGUUUUGGUGACAGGGUCUGGUCCAUUAGGUUGUGUGCCAUCUAGUCUAGCCGCAAGGAGCACUAAUGGGGAAUGUGCUGAGGAGCCUCAAAGAGCUUCAGCUAUUUUCAACCCUCUCCUUGUCCAAAUGAUUCAAGGUCUCAAUCAAGAACUUGGCUCUGAUGUCUUUGUAGCCGCAAAUGCUGUGGAGAUGCAAAAUGACUUCAUCAAAAAUCCCCAAGCUUUUGGUUUUGUUACAUCAAAGAUAGCAUGUUGUGGACAAGGGCCAUAUAAUGGAGUUGGCAUUUGCACAGCUGCUUCAAAUAUAUGCCCAAACAGAGAUAUAUAUGCAUUUUGGGAUCCUUUCCAUCCAUCAGAACGUGCCAAUAAACUCAUUGUCCAAACAAUUUUUACUGGUUCCAACAAGUACAUGACACCAAUGAACUUGAGCACCAUUAUGGCUAUCGACUCUCUGUAGUUCCAAUUAUAUAUUACUCCUCUUUUUUGAGGUUGUUCUUUCAAUUUUAUGUUUUAAAGUUGCUAGCUAGUUAAAUGCAACUGUAUUAUAUUUAUUACUGUAAUUUUGUUAUAUAAUGAAAUAUAUAUAUCAGUGUUUUAAAA